GGUAAUCGAAUUUGUUCUGCUUCCUAUGUACUCUGGCGAACUAAUUGGCUCAGACACGCACACAAACGACGACGAAGAAGCUUAUUCCCUUUUACAGAGAGAGAUCGAGGAAUAGAAUUUCAAUAGCAGAGAAUCUGUAUUCCGAGAUAAAAUUGAAAAGAAUAGAUCAAUGGAAGAAACCCUAUACGAACAUAGAAAUUCUCUAGCAGCUCCUUUCAUCUUCUUCAUCGUCACUGUCUUCCAAUUCCUCUCCGGACACAUAGAACACAAAAAGAAGAGUGGAGCUGUGACUGAUGAGGAAAUUCGAUUGCGGACGGAAAUCAAGCAACAUUACAAGGAGGCGAGCUUAUUCACACAGCCUUCAACAUUUGCACAAGCUGCAAAACUUAGGAGGAUGGCAGCAGCAAAGGAAAGAGAAAUUACAAAGAUUCAAGAAUUGCACAGCAAGGAGAUAAUUUCAUCAUAUGAUUCAUACCUGAAAGUUCUAAUGAUAUCAAAGGUCAUUCUAUAUUUUAUUCUUAUUUGCUGGUUUUGGCAUGCUCCUGUGGCCGCUAUAUCCGAGCAACUUGUGCAACCCUUUGGAAAGAUGUUAUCUUGGAGAGCUGGAGGUUCUCUGAAGAAUAAUGUUAUGGUUGGGAUCAUACCUUGGUUGAUCGUAUCAACCAGGGUGAGCAAAUUUAUAUGUCGGAAAUUCAUCAACUAGAAGGAGGAUUUUCUUUACUCUCCCAAAUCAAGAAGAAUAUAAAAGCAACCUCCUAUAGGAUAAAGGCAGGGAUGAUGAUGGUAAAAGCAACCUCCUUUACUUUCCUCUUUAGUCUCUUGUAAACUUAUUCUUUAUAUUUAUCAGCCAAAAAAAUAAUGUAAAGGAACUAUAGAAUUGAUAUGAGAUUGUAUCUGAUGGAUUUAGAUUGCUUUAAUCUUCAUUUGCAUUUUAAUUUA